AUGCCAUCAAUCCCUAUUCCCAGAGGACGUCGUCGUAGUCAGCGCCAGUCCAAUCGUCGAACUUUGCAAGAUUCUGAAGAUAACUCGAACCAUCAAGCAGAAUUUUCGAAAGGAAAGAAGAGGAAAAAGGACUCGUGUGUAGUUUCAGAUGAUCUUCCAGCACGCCCAACAGGGCCGAGGGAGUCUCUCGAAGAAGUGGGCGUCCACGUCGGUCAGAAGACAUCCCGGGAGCGGCUCCUGGAACUCCUAGCCCAGCGUGUCAAGCCUAAGAAGCCUCGGCUGGACAAGAAAACACCAAAAGCUAUCCGUCCAAAGAACACUUCAAGCCAAUUCAAUCAGGACAAACAUAGAAACAACAGUACACCUACUUCGGAAACUCUCAAGACUCCGCAACAGGAAAUAGAAACAGUUACGUAUUCGGUCUUUCAUGAGUCUCAGCUUGUCAACAUGCUACAUGAUGUGGGGAUGGAUACACGGGGACUCGACAAGGAUGCGCUUGUCAAAGCUUGCAGGACAUACCAUGAUUUGAUUACAAUUCCUGAAUUCUCAAUUGACAUACCUCAAGCUAGUUCUUCGAAAUCAAAAACUGGAGUAUCUGCGUCCAAGGAUCUUCCGAGUCUUGAACACAGGCGUUUUGCUUUUCCUCGGCCGAGACCAACUUUACCAUUAGUGGAGACCACGAGAUCAGAACACCAAAAAGGUAAGGGGAAGGCGGUCGCAUCCGACACGGACGAUGAUUGGGUACAACCAAGUGAUCAAGAAAUGUCGGACUUUUUGGAAGAUGAUGUGGAAGUGAAAGAUCCAAAAACCAACUCUUCUAAAGAUAAAGGUGCAGAAGCAACUAUUCCGGGUGGCGUAAAUCAGAAUAGAACCGGCAGUAGUCCAGGGACAGAGUCAGCCACUUCCGAUCAAAGCAAAUUAAUCACUUGGUUGAAAACAACACUGCUAGAUACUCAAGAUCAAGUCGAAGAACUUGAAAGCAGUUAUCGAAUUCUAUCUGGUCUGGUCAAGAGAUUGGUUAAAGAUCGUGAUAAUGACAAGAAAGAAGAUAUAAAUACAUGCGGUGGGCGAGUUGCGGUGAGCUGCAUUUGUCACAGGCUUUCAUCAUAG